CCCACUGGCCGUGUGUGUCGCUCACUCGCGCCCAACCUUCUGCAACUCUCCCUCUCUUCUAACGGAAAUUUGAACAAAUAAAUAUAAAAUUUCGUGAUCGUCGACGUAUCGUUGCGCAGCUAUUUUGUGAUACAUUUUACCCGCGCGAAGAUUUACAACGCAUGCGUUAUGCCUGUAACGUAUAUAAACGUUAAAAGUUACAGAAUUAGAGCGCGAAAGUGAUCUCGGCGACGUCUUUUCGGAUUUGCAUCGUCGCGCACAUGCACGAGGAGGAUCCGCGCCUGAAGAAGGAAGGUCACGGUUUGCUGAACUUUCCUCAAUUGAUUCCGAGAAUUGCUCGUACACGUCAUUCCCACGAGAUACGAGAGAGACACGUGUCACAUAACUUUUCGGCCCGACGAGGACGAUGUUUACGCUGCCGGCAGUCAUUAGUACGUUUCACACCCCGCGUUGACGCGUAAAACAGUAGCGAAUUCUCGCAGACCGAGAACGUCCGACGACUACGCAGACGACGUAGGUACGAAGUACAACGUAUAAGUGCAGCGUACAAAGCUGUACGGAGCCGCACGGAACGAGGGCACUUACCGUCGCUAUGAUGCGGCAUAUCUAAAUACGCAAUUCAUGUCGCGCCUUCAGCCAGUCACUCGCGACUAAUCGCACCACGUGGAUCCGCGUGAGUGACGUAUUUUUAGCGCGAUUAGUGACGAUUUUUCCGCAUCCUCACAGUUCCCCGGCGUUUGGUCGUGGUGGCUGAUAAAACGAGCUACGAACAUGAUUUGAUUCAACGGAAGACAGCCGCGAGAGCCGAGUCAGAUCGAGUUCGAUGACACGGAGGAAAGUCGUACGCAAAAGUGAACGUUCGGUAAUUUUCAGCUCGAUCAGCCAACAUGGACACCAUUGAAGAUCCGUGCCUGAGACACCUGUUCGACGGAGAUCCGGUGUUCAACGUUUAUAAUCAGGAAGUCGCGAAUUUGUCAGUCGGUGCACCUGGCCCGGAUUUAUUGCAACAUUGCGUGGAAGUUUUGAAUAAAUCUACGCAGCAUAGAUUGGAGGAAGAAAAGAAGGAAGGGAAAUAUUAUCUCUUUCAAUACGGCAUCACAGCAGGUCUCUGGGAAUGCCGCGACGAGUUAGCCAAGUUUUUAAGCAGACGAUACGGUAACUCGGUAGCAAGAGAACACCUGAUAUUGACGUGCGGGGCGUCACACGGUCUUCAACUGUUGCUGAAUACUGUACUCUCGCCGAACGGUAUUAUCUUCGUGGAGGAAGUUACGUACAUGAUCGCCCUCGAUGUCUUCAAGCAAUUUCCAUUAAUGAGAAUAAUCACAGUGCCCAUGAAGGAUGACGUAGUAAACCUGGACGCGUUCGAAAAAAUUGUAGCCGAAGAAAGGACGAAGGGCAAUUUUUUCUUGAGCGAUCAAAAAAUAUUUUGGGCGAUGUUUUAUACGAUACCGAUUUUUCACAAUCCAACUGGAAUGACGUUAUCAGCCGAUCAGUGCAAACGUUUAGUGGAGAUAGCACGAAACAAUUCUAUCUUGGUAACUUGCGACGACGUGUACAAUUUGCUUUAUUACGGACAAGGACUUCCGCCACGACGCUUAAUUUUUUACGACGAAUCGCAAGAUCCAAGUUACAGAGGCGGGAACGUCGUGUCGAACUGCUCGUUCUCCAAAAUCCUAUCGCCGGCGAUUCGGUUUGGAUGGUUGGAAUGCAGUCCGCGUGUUGUUAAUAUUAUAAAAACAUGCGGUAUACUGCGCAGCGGUGGCGGAGUAAAUCAUUAUGUUUCCGGGAUAAUUACGAGCAUGCUUCACGAAAAUAUCGAGGAUGAAUACUUGGAUAAGAUCAUAGAGAUCUAUAGGGAACGAUUAAACGCACUUUGCGCAACUUUAGACCGAUUUCUGCCAAGUUGUUGUUCAUAUCGACGUCCAGGAGGUGGUUACUUCGUUUGGAUUCAUCUUCCAUCAGGUAUAGACAGCAAAAAGUUCGUCGAAUGGUGUCAAAAGGAGUACAAAGUAUCAGCGAUACCCGGUAGUCGGUUCUCACAUACGAGUGAAGCGAAGAAUUAUUUACGUAUAAGCAUAGGCUUUCACACGAAAGAAGUUUUAGAGACUGCUUCGCAAACUUUGUGCAAGGCGCUUUUAACAUAUAUCAGGCAUCAAGUUGGUUAUGACAACAAUGCUAAAUAAGUGAUUCGAGAAGAUUAACAUAUCGUCUUUUAAUCGGUUCAAAAAUGGAGAGGAAAAUUACAAGUAUAAAUACAAGUUAUAUAAAUGAUAAAUGUCAGGAAAAAAUAUACCAAUUAUUACAUAUAUUGUAAGACUAAGAUACAUUAAGAGGACAAACUUAGUAUUUUCCUUUUUUAUUAUAUGUAAUUUUAGAUUACUCUGUACAUUAUUAUUAUGUACAGACAUUUACAAAUGUAGCAAUAAAAUACAUGAUAAUUCA